AAUUCUGCCUCGGCUUCAAAAUAUAUGGACAUCAUUGACAAGUACAUAACGGACGAGAUUGAUGCAGGAAGGAUGUAUGGUGGUUUGUCAAUCGAAGAUGCUGAAAUUUUCUUUGGAGGCCAUUUCCGAACAGCGCCGAUGGCAGUUAUUGAUGAGGAAACAAAGUUUCGAAUUGUACACAACCUUUCAGCAAAAGACAAGAGCGGCAACAGCACAAAUUCUUGGCUCGAUGCUCAAGAGAAGCCUACCAAAUGGUAUACGGCGGCGAUUUUUGCAGACGCGGUGAGCUAAAUUUCUCCGUAACCUUGGGAUGUUCCCUAUGUGUAUGGAGCUAUUCUCCAGCGGCUAUUCCGCAUUUAUUCCGCUGGCCAUGGCCAUUCCAUGCCCAAAAUUUUUCGAAGAGCUAUUCUCUUCCAUGUUACGGUGUUCCUAUUGAACAUCUGAUAUGUUCAGUUCCCUAAAUGAACUCGGGACGCCCCAUUGCGCCCUUUAUGUUGUAUUAAUGACAAAUGUACAUGUCCUA